AAAGUCCCAUAGUCAAUUGCAAAGUCGGAAAGGACUUGGAGAUGGAGCUUUGGACGCCGUCGAUGCUUAUUCUUGUUGUCCAAGGCAUCUAUUCAUCGCCGACCUAUUCUCCUCUAAAAGCCCUCCCAAAAUCCACAAACUAUAUAGUAUUUCACCGGCAUAAUCUUCGCGCCUUCGCGGUCUUAUCUCCUUCGCACAAAAUUAUCGAUUCCGACUCCAAAAUUGAAUCAAUAUAUUUUUAGUGAGCGAUCAGAAGUUCAGAACCAGCUUCAGCUGCAGAGAGAACAAGAUUCGAAAUUGAAUUCGUUCCUCAUCUGAAGUUCCAAUAUGACAACUCCUUUGGUUAUGGGAGCAGCAGUUGGAAGUGCUGCACUGGGAGCAAGGUACCUAAUAAGAGCAUGGCAAGCAUUCAAAGUAGCCCCUCGAGCUCGGAGGUUUUAUCCUGGUGGAUUUGAACCCGUAAUGACCAGGCGAGAAGCAGCAUUGAUUCUUGGAGUCAGAGAGAGAGCUGCUAUAGAGAAGAUCAAGGAGGCACACAGGAGAGUGAUGGUAGCAAACCACCCAGAUGCUGGUGGCAGCCAUUAUAUUGCAUCUAAAAUUAACGAAGCCAAAGAAGUCUUACUGGGGAAAACCAAGAGUCAUUCUGCAUUUUAAAUAAUUCAAUUUAAAGGUAAUUGUGACUCCAAAUUUUGUUGGUAGCUCAAUUCAGAUUUCAGAGUAUGUAUCUAGGUAAAAUUUAAGCAUUUUACUGUUGCAACAUUGAUUCUUUAAGAGGCAAAUACGGAGUAGCUAUUUGUAAGCUACAUCACAAUCUGUCUAGGAAAAUGCUAUUUAUAAUGGAAUUGCUAUCCUUUGUAUUUACAAGUGACUGUGUGAAUAUGAUGUUCAUUUUCUUUUUUA